AUGGCGCUGGACGCGCGCAGGAACGCGGGCCUGCAGCUCGCCGACGUGCUGCUCGUGCCCGGGCUCCUCGACAAGCUUGCUGCGGACGACACGAAGAACCUCGCGGCGGCGUCUUGGGGGACGCUCGAGGCGGUGCUGCGCGGGACGACUGCGCGGCUUCGCGUGCACCCGUCGGAGCCCGUGCUGUGGGGGCUCGCGCGGCGGGCGGCCGCAACGGCGGCAGGGGGGAGUGGGAGCGGCGACGCCGCGGGAGGACUUGUGUACUGCGGGGUCCGCGUGUCGGCGGCAGACGCGGCGGCGUUCCUCGAGGCGCUGCGGGAGGUGCGCGCGGACGACCCCGGGCGGCAGGGACGCGACAUCAGCUUUGCGCAGUGGGCGAAGUUCGUGCGGAGCCUGGUGACGGCCGGGCAGGGUGCCGUGCGCGUGACGGGGCUCGGAGUCCCGCUCUCCUUCGACCGGGGUGCAGCGCGGGACGCGGACGCCGCGUUGCAGGCCAUGGCGCUGCAGACCAUCCUGGCUGCCCCGGCCGUGAGGGCGCACCUGCGCUCCCUGACCCUCAACGGCGUGUGCGCCAGAGACUGGGAGGUCUUCAAGGAGUACGAGGACGCGCUUCGGGGUCUGCCGUCGCUGGCGCGCCUGACCAUCAUUCACGACGGCGGGGGCCGGUGCGACGGCGGCGCGGCGGUGCGCCUGGCUCGCGGGUGUCCGGGGCUGCGGCAGCUCAGGCUGCGCGGGUUCACGUUCGACCGUGCGGGCGUGCAGAUGCUCCGCGCCUGGCUGGCGCGGGCCACGCACCUCAAGGCCAUCAAGCUGACGUGUUGCGCGGCGGAGGGGGAGAACGGGUGGGGCGCCGAGGACGAGCCGCCCUUGGCGCCGCACCUGGAGAGCUUCAAGGUGGUCGAGGCGUGCGACCUGCACAGCGUGGGGGCGUGGUUCGGCCCGAAGCUGCGAUCGCUGCACCUGCGCAAUUGGAAUGGAUUGACCGCGGACGGUUGUCGCCCGGUCGCGGAAGACGUGAAGCUGGCGGAGCUCAUUCGACGCAGCACGACGUUGCAGCACUUGUCGGUCGUGGGCGCUCCGCUGGGGAUCGAAGGCACGCUGGCCAUCAUGUCUGCGCUUGCGGCCAACAGGUCGCUGACGUCCGUAUGCCUCCCUACGACGUGGGGCGCCGACAACGUCGAAGCGGGGGUGUCGGACGCGAUCGUCAGGGUGGUGCUGCGCCAUCCGACGCUCGAGUCGCUGUCGCUGCAGAUGCCGGCGAUGGACAGGAUUGCCUUGAACGGGGCCGACCUCGCAGCCGCCGUCGACCGGAACCGGUCGCUGCGCGAGAUUAACUUCAGUGGCAUUUCCGUCAACCACGACGGCGCGGAGGCGCUCGGCGCAAUCCUGCGCAACAACGACCGUCUGGUCAAGCUGAGUCUGGCAGAUUGCAACAUGAGCGCCCGCGCGAUGGAGGGCCUGGCGCGCGGUCUCGGCGGCGGGAUGUCAGCACUUCACACCCUCGAUCUGAGCGGCAGCUCUAUUUCCGCCGGCGGCAUCGCGGCACUGGCGCGGUCCAAGCUCAUGAGCGUGAUCACGUGCCUGUCUCUGAGCUUUUGCGAGAUCCAAACGCCCGCGGUCCUCGAAAGUCUCGCGGACAGCCUUGCCGAUGAGAGGUGCACGCUUCGCGAGCUGGAUUUGAGCAGGAAUCAGAUCUGCAGACGCGGCGCCCUGUUGCUGGCGAGAGCGUUGGAGAUGAACAAGAGCCUGGUCCACGUGGACUUGAAGCACAACAAGCUUGGCAGAGGCGGGGUCGAGGCCCUGCUGCAGCACGCCCGAACGAGCCCGACUCUGUGGUCGCUGGACCUCGAGGGCAACGGCGUGGAGCCAGCGGAGCUGGUGUAUCUCUAUCGCGAGCACCUCGGUGGACCGCAGCCGCGCAUGUGGAGGCCGAGUUUGGAGCUGAACACCUGCAGGCCCGAUCUGGCGGUCAAGCUGUGA